CCGACGCCGCCGACGACGCACGCUAACGCAUCCGUCGCCGUCCCGAAUGGUUAUAUAGGCUGCAGCCGCCGCGUAUUGCACACAGCCGACGCACGCGUACACCAGUUUGGAACGCGACAGAAACGCAUCGCACUAGCGUCUGCACUUUGACUGCGCCGUCAUGCUGUGCCGCGUGCGAUCGUCUUCCGUCUCCUCGUUGCAGCGGUAUCUCGUAUUGUCUACCGCGAUCUUUGCCACCGCCGCCGCCGCCGCCGCUGAUGCAGUAGUCGCGUUCGUUGGUGAUCCGGUGCGCGAUGCCCGUUGUUUCGCCAAAUGUUACCGUCAGAUCGCCGCUGAACAGCCCAAAUGUUAUAGCGGUUGUCUGAACGAGCGGUGGAUUAAUAAGCCGGGCGAGUGUCCGGUCGGCGACCUUGACAGCGUCGCCUCGCUGGACCGACCGUGUCUGGAGCAAUGCAAUUCCGACGACUUUUGUCACGCCGAGUACAAGUGCUGCCGACACAGCUGCGGCAUAACGUGCCAACAGCCCGUUGGCCUAGCCAACCAUCGUCCCGGUCUACCGGACGUACCGAACGUCGUCGCUGUGUCGGACUACGGUAAGGCGCUGGUGGUCGAGUGGUCGGCGCCGUUCCCGGGCACAUCCGCAGGUCACGUGACGUACCUGGUCCAGGAAAGGCACCACGUGGGUACCGCGUACGUACCGGAGCGUAUGACCACGUGGGCUAUGGUGACCAGGACGGACAGGACACGUGAACAGUUCCGACAACUGCACGCGCCAGGACGGUGGUUCCAGUUCCGCGUCGCCGCCAUCAACGAGAACGGCACCAGCGGAUACUCGCCGCCGUCCGAGCAGUUUUUCGUUGACAUCGGACCGCACGUCGAUCCGCCCGGACCGCCGCAAGACCUGACGGUGUCGUCGUUGAAGUGGACAAACAAGGAGUACCAGCAAUGCGUGCUGUCGUGGACGCCGCCAGCCGAGUCCGUUUUACCCGUCCGAAAGUACAAAGUGUUCAUCAGCGUACGCGACGGACCGCACGUUUACCACAAACGGAAUGUGGUCCCGGCAGAUAUUUUGAGGUUUACAAUCAAAAAGCUGAACUCAAAUUCCGAAUAUUUUCUUCAAGUGCAAGCCAUUAGCGAAUUCGGAAGAAAAAGAUUCGCUGGUCAAAAGGCUUCGACAACCCUGAAAACCAAAGGAAAAAAAAUAUUAAAUACUAAAGAAAUCACAGGAAUUAAAAUUGUGGUUAUAGGCGAUCCUGACAGUCGUAAUUUAAUUAACGCUAGACUAUCUUGGAGACCAGUGACGAUGACAUUAAAGAAAUUCCAUUAUACAUUAUCGUGGUCUUCUAAAGAUUGCAAUGAUGAGAGUAAGCCAUUAAGAGCAAGAACUGAAGUGCCGUACUUUGAUUUAUUUUCAUUAAAACCACAAUGCGAGUAUUUCAUUAUAAUUUCAACUACAUUUAAUGGAUCCAAAUACGUGGGUUCAUUUAAUUUUACACCUACUGUAUUGAAGCUUUGAAAAUUGAAAUACUUAUAUAAAUGGUACUUUAUUUAUACUUUCUAGAAAAAUAAGAAAAUUAUAAAUAGUAUUGAAUUAAUAAACGAUAGAAAUGUAGCAAUAUUCUUGCAUGUGGAAACUUUUAUACUUAUAUAUUAUAAUAUUAUAUUGAUGAAUGAUGUUUUAGCUGUCUAAGGUUUUAUUAUUUAUGCUUUUGAAGACGUUAUAUUUGAAAAAGUAUAAGACUGCCUAUCUACUAUUAUUAUAGUAGGACGUAGGUACCUAUAAUACUUUAUUUUUUUUUGUUAUGUGUUUAAUAUUACAAUAUUGACAAUCGGAGAUUUUAAAAUUACCGGUUAAAUGUAUUGCAAAGACAAAUUUCCUUCAACUUAUUUAAUUUAUUUUGUACUCGGUAAAUUUUUUGUAACUUUGCAACUAUCUACUUAUGUUUUAUUUAUAAGUUUAUUUUAUUAUAUUCGUAUAAUCAUAAUAUUUUACGUGUAAGUAUACCUUGUAUGUAUAAUGUAUAUUCUAUUGAUACAGUUAUUAGUUAAAACAUUGAUCGAUUUGUACUUAAUGGUAAUUUGUAUUUUUAAUUUGAACACAAAUUAUAAAAACGAUUCAAAAGCA